CUGGACAACUGUCCACAGUCAGACAGUUGACAGUGAUCUUAAAGUUCAAAAUAAAAAUAUUUUAAUUUUACAUUGCAUGCAAAUGAAUGAUGAUGGAUAGUAAUAAAAGUGAUGAAAACAAAGUUAUUCAUAGACUGGCGAAACAUUUUUAUAAUGGUUCAUAUAAGUUUCAUUUAAAUGCAAACGAAGUUCAAACCUUAAGUUGGUGUAUGCAAGAGCAGCUUUUAAAUUUGACUAUAAACAGUAACCUCUUAAAGAAGUAUCCAAUGAGUAAUGAAUUUGUAAGACUUUAUUUGAAAGCAAUUUUGAACUAUUUAGAACCUCAUCAUGAAAUUCAUGAAGGCAUCUAUGAAUACAUGUGUUCAAUAAUGAUCCACAAACAAAAUGUUAAAGACUUUUGUUAUCGUCACUAUGUUAUUGACAAUAAUUUUAAAAGUAUAAUUACAAUGAAAGAAACAAAGAAUAUGGUGAUCAAUGGCACAACAGGCAUGAGAACUUGGGAGGCUGCAUUAAUAUUGGCAGAUUGGAUUAUCAGUCAUAAAGAUCUAUUUAAUAAUAAAAAAGUUCUUGAACUGGGGUCUGGUGUAGGUUUUACAGGCAUAUGUGUUGCAAAAUUGUGUGAAAUAUCAAGUGUUAGCUUAACAGAUUGUCAUGACGAUGUUAUAAAUACAAUACAUGAUAAUGUUGUAAUAAAUUUCUUAGACGCAAAGAAAACUUAUACAAGUAACUCGACUAUAUAUGAGUAUGAAAAUAAAAAAAUAGGUGUAAAGAAGUUAGACUGGAAUUUUGUGGAAAAUAUUAAUACUAUUGAAAGUCCCGACAUUAUAAUAGGAGCUGAUAUUGUCUAUGAUCCAUCAAUAUUGCAACCACUUUCUAAUGUUCUCAAAAUAUUCUUUGAGAAAAAUAAACAUUUGGAAGUAUACAUUGCAUGCAUUGUACGUAAUGAAGACACACUCAACACAUUUUUUGAAAUUUUAGGUAAUCUAAAUAUGGACGUAACAAAACCCAUCACUCGUAAAAGAAAAGCUGAUAUAAAAGGGGAAAUUAGUGUGCCUUUGACUAAAAAGACAAAAUCUUCAGUAUGCGAUCUAAAAGAGAAAACCAAGAAAAUCACAAAAAAGGAAAGUAAAACUUUAAAACCUAGGGCAACAAAGAAGGAUGAAAACUCAGAUGAUAAAAGUUCUGUUGGUACAAACCAAGGUUUAACCGAUAACGAAUCGAACAAUUUGUGGAACGAGGAUGAUAUGCUUUCAUAUGUAGAAAAGGUUCCACAGCUACUAGCCCGAAAAUUUAUUACUUUGUUAAAUGAAGGGUGCACUUUGCCUUUUAUUGCUAGGUAUCGAAAGGAGGCGGUAGAUCACUUACUGCCCGACCGGCUCCAAGAAAUUUAUGAAAGUUAUCAGAACAUCAUUCAAUUUAAGAAGAAAGUUAAGUCUGUGUUAGAAAAUUUGAAAAAGUCAAAAAAGCUCACACCAGAGAUUGAGAAAAGUAUACUGAAUGCGAGAAAUUUGUCCGAGCUUGAUUUAGUGUAUGCCCCUCUUAAAUCACAUUCCUUAUCACUAGCUGAAAGAGCUAGAAAUCUGGGUUUAGAAUCAUAUGCAAUUAGAGCUCUGAAUGGUGAAUAUGUUGAUAUAAACUCCCUCUGUGAUGGUAGUGAGGAACUGUCCAAUGCAGAAAAAGUAGACACACACAUAACUCAUAUAGUUGCUGAUGUUAUUUAUAAAGAUACAAGAGUUUUGGAACAAAUGAGGAGUUUAAAAGAAGAAACAAGAUUUACUUUACAAAGCAGUAGAAGAAGUUCCACCAAAGAACCAAAGCAUGAUAAGGAAAAUAAGAAAAUUGACUCAAAAUCAGAUCCAGAAACAUACAAAUUGUAUUUUGAGUGGAAAUGUCCCACCCAUUUUGUAAAGAGUUACCAAACAUUAGCGAUUAAUAGAGGGGAAGACGAAAAAAUUCUAUCAGUCAAAGUUAUUGUGCCAGAUUGGUUUUAUAACAGACUUGAGAAAUUCUGCUAUUCACUUUGGAAAAGCAAUCAUUGGGUGCAUAAGGGAUUACAAGAUGCUUACAUUCGACUUAUAAAGCCCUGGUUAUCUCGACAAGUUAGAUCAGACCUCACUGCAGCAGCAGAGAAGGAAGCAAUCAAAACAUUUACAGCAAACUUGGAAAAAUACUUACUAACUGAACCCAUCAAAAAUAGAAGGAUAGCAGGACUUGAUCCUGGUUUUAAAGCAGGGUGUAAAGUUGGUAUAAUUGAUGUUAAUGGAGCAAAAUUAGAUGUUUUCACAAUAUAUCCGAAUUUGCGCAAUACUAAUAUCAAUGACACAGCAGCAAAACAAUUAAAGGAAUUGUUAGUAAAACACAGAGUAGAACUUAUCGGUUUGGGCAAUGGUACAGCCUGUCGAGAAACAGAGACUUGGUUGAAAAGUCAUCACAUAGCUGAUGAUAUUCCAAUAAUCAUUGUACCUGAACAAGGUGCCUCUAUUUACUCUAUUAGCAAGGAAGCACAGAAGGAGCACCCAAACAUGGAUCCCAAUUUAAUAUCGGCUCUAUCAAUUGCCAGAAGAGUAUUAGAUCCUCUGGGAGAAUUAAUUAAGGUUGAACCUAAGAAUUUAGGAGUCGGAUUAUAUCAACACGACAUUCCAGCAAAAAUGCUCGAAUCUGCACUGGAUAAUGCCGUAGAAAAAGUUGUCAGCUUAGUAGGAGUCGAUGUCAACACAGCAUCUCAAGCUAUGCUUAGGCGAAUAUCUGGCCUUAAUGAUGGAAGAGCGAAAAAAAUAAUAUCGUAUCGCGAGGACAACGGUGCCUUUAACACGCGGGCUGAAAUACUCAAAGUGUCGGGUAUUGGAAAAAUAACGUAUCAACAAUGCAUUGGAUUUUUGAAAGUGAUAGGCGGUUCCGAACCCUUGGACAGCACUAUAAUACAUCCAGAGAGUUAUGGAGUAGCUAAAUUAUUCGCAAAGAAAAUUGGUGUCGAUAUAAAACAUAUGACUCGGCCGGAUUUCCCUCAGAUAGUAGAACGAAAAACGGAAAGUAUUGACAGAAUAGCGAUCAGCAAAGAUUUGGAUACUGAUGUUAGCACAUUGGAGUUAAUCAUUACUGCAUUCAAACAGAAGUCAUACGAGGACAAUGUGAUAACAUUUUGUAGGCCGGUGUAUUCUUUAUCUGUGCAAACAAGUGAGCAGUUGGUGGCGGGAACUUCAUUGACAGGUGUUGUACGAAAUGUGGUGCCUUUUGGAUGUUUCGUUGAUUGCGGGGUUGGAGACAACGGGCUUAUACAUAGAAGUAAUUUAGGAGGCAAUCAAACACCCAAACUCGGGGACCGUGUAGCUGUUACUGUGAUAAACACACCUAAACCUAAGAAACUUCAGCUAAGAUUGGAUAAGAUACUAGACUAAACGACUGACAAUGCUGUGAUGAUAACUUUGUCUAUGCUCGAAUAGACAUAAUCUUAAUG